AUGUCUGAACAUACAGGACUAAAAGUAACAAUCAUCGGAGGCGGCAUCGCUGGGCUCUUCGCAGCCCGCGUCCUGCGAGAAAAGCACCACGUCACCAUCCUGGAGCGGUCCAGCGGCGGCAAUGAGGUUGGAGCAGCGGUUACGCCAGGUCCAAAUGCAACCAGGAUUCUUGAUCAGUAUGGCUGGGAUCCCUCGAGGUGCGGUGCACUUGUCCUUGGGAAAACCCGCACGAUGGACCACAAUGGGAAUUUGAUUAAAGAGACAGACCUGUCCAAUAUAAAGAAGGCGUUUGGAAGUGACUGGCACGUUGUCCACAGGAUAGACUUGUGGAACGAGCUGCUGCGUCUCGCCACGGCUCCGUCUGAGGACCUGGGAAUACGCGGAUUGCCUGCAAAGGUCGAAUGGCGUGCGGAAGUGGUGGAUGUUGACACGGAGAGCGGUGAUGUCAAACUGGGAGAUGGCAUGGUUGUACCGUCUGAUCUGGUCAUUGGCGCCGAUGGGAUUAAGUCCACUACCAGGCACUUAGUCGUAGGCAAAGAGGGUGACCAACCGAGACCUUCAGGUGCCUCCAUAUUCCGCUUUAUUCUCCCGCGAGAGACCGUCGAAAAAGUGGAUUCGCAAACUAUCGACCCUUCUAGGCCUGCGGAAUUAACUCUGCGAAUCGCUUUGGAUGGAUCACGGAGAACAAUCGUCAGCUACCCGUGUAGAAAUCACGAACUUCUAAAUAUUGGGUGCAUUGCCCCCAACUCGUUGAUUGAUUUACCGCCUGCGGACUCAUGGGUGGCUCCGGGCGAGAAGGCCGAUUUGCUCAGAGUUUUUGGCGAUUUCCAUUUCCGGCCCCUGCUAGAACAAGCUGAAGAUAUAAAACUGUGGGAACUGAGGGAUCACGACCCUUUGCCCACCUAUAUCAAAGGGAGACUGGUGCUCAUUGGUGACGGCGCUCACGCAAUGACGCCGCAUCAAGGGCAGGGGGCUUCGCAAGCGAUCGAGGACGGCGAGGGGCUUAGCCUGUUCAUCGACCAAGUCGUCAGUCGACAGACGGUUCCAGAAAUUUUGCGAGACUUUGAUCGGGCGAGAAGAGUAAGGGCAUCAAAGAUACAGCUCAUUACACGUCAUGUGCAUGAGGAAACAAGUGCCGAGGCCAUGUGGAAGAACCAGCAGUACAAUUUCACAUAUCGAGGUAUCCGAGAUGCAUUAGCCAGGCAGGAUGCCGGCCAGGAGGUCUAG